CGGAACCUAGUUGAGGAUAUAAACGCGAGUGACUGGUAGUUCUGGGGGCCAGGCUGUCGUUAUCCAAAGCGUCAUUGCAUUACAGAUCUGGGUCUCUAGGAGGAAGGAUUCGAAAUGAGGGUCCGUUCCGCAUUGCUCUUACUGGGAUGCUUAGGAGGAGCGCUGGCUGCUCUUCCGACCAAGGACUCACAAGCGAAGGAUUCUUCGAAGGUCCUGUUGAAGAGAGACGAUCAGCAUCAUCACGCGCAUACGGCCCCUGCUCUACCCCCAACUGGCGACAGUUAUUCUUCCUACACACCAACUGCUGGUGCCAGUGCCCCAGCUGCUUCCGGUGGUCAUUACUACUACUACCAUCCAGUCGAGGAGCCGAAACCAGCGGCAAUGGAGGACGACCAAAAGAAAGAUUACUGUCCAGUUGAUACCGUCUUGGCCCCCAUCAUCGUCAUCACCGUCUUUGCCGGAGUCCUGGCAGGAAACGCCCUCGGUAUGAUUCCUAGAGUUCGCUUCCAGCUGCCUCAGGCCACAAUCAACGCCAUAAAUGCCCUGAAACCCGACCCCCUGGGUAUCAAGCCCGACAUCAUAGGACCCGCUAACGCCUUCAUUCCCGCAGACGGAACUGGAAGAAGGCUAAUGACUGACGACGGUCCAGACCUCAUGGGCAAUGCUACCCAAAUGGCUCUCGAUCAGAUAACAACUUUUGUGCUGGACACCAUCGAGACAGACGACUGUGGGUCGAGGUUCAUUUGCGAGGCAGGGAAAUAUGCUGAUGGACGCAAAAAAUUCCUUGGCCUCAUGCACUUCAUGACGCCGCCUAUCUACAGAAACAAGAUCAAGGUGUUCAAGGAUUCGGCUCUCAAGAAAUCCGACUGCCGGAAGUUCAAGUGUGGAUACACUGACGGAAAGAAAAUCUGAGGCGAAGGAAUCUCAAAAUGCCGCGGAAGACCGUAAGAUUGUUGGAGUUUUCUUUCAACAAAAUGCAUCUUCUCUUUUCUGUAUGACCUGACACUGUGUCUUCAGGAUACUGCCAAGGAAUUCGUAACAGUAAUUAGUUUGUUGCUUUAUAUUGCCACUAAAUUGUUAAGAUCUCCAGUAAUACUAACGAGAUAAGAAUAAUAAUUUCCUCAUCAUAGGAUUGCCCUCCGUUGCUGGCUGAAAAAAAUAUGAUUACUUUAAAAUAUCAUUACUUUAAUUUAAAAGUCAUUUUUC